CACAGGAUAAAAAGUGGGGACAGACAGGUGGUUCAGUAAGCAGUGCUGCCUUGACACUAGGCUGAGCUUCUGAUCAAACCCAAGUGGAAAAAUGACUUGCUACGAUGGCUGGACGUCCUGCAAUGGAUUUAGCCUGCUGGUUCUGCUGAUUCUUGCAAUAGCUCUCAACAUAAUACCGCUAGCCGUUUACACAGUCGAACGUAAUGAGAAGUUUCGAAACCCCAUAUCUUGCUUCGAAUGGUUUUUCCCUGGAGUCAUAGGAGCAGGUUUGUUGGCCAUUCCAGCAACUGUAAUGACCCUGUCUGCAAGAAAAAGGAACUGCUGCAACAACAGAUUUGGAAUGUUUCUGUCCUCUGUCCUGAGCCUGGUGACUAUUGGUGGUGCUUUCUACUGUAUGCUGACCUCUUUAAUGGCUCUUUCUGAAGGACCACUCAUUUGCAAUUACCAUGGCAACAGCACAGUUCAGUGUGAUCUUUCAAUGGCAAUGAAAAACAUAAGUAACAUUCGUAAUCAAUUCGAUCUGCAGUGGUUUUACUUUCCUACCUGUCAGCCUGGUUACCGCAACAGUUCUGCCAUCGACUUUAAUACAAAUAGUUUCCAGAGCAAAGGUUUCACCUUCAGCUCAGAAGAAAACAGGCAUAGGGUUAUUCACUUUACAGUAUUUGCUGGUUUGUUUUUGGUUGCAGUUCUUGAGAUCUUCUUCAGUUUCAGUCAGAUAGUGAUUGGGCUAUAUGGCUGCCUUCUUGGAGUUUCCAAGAAGGAAAAAUGGUAAAUAGGACAAUAUAGAAACAAGGUCAGUCUCACUCUCAAGAGACUUCUUCUUUGAAAUGGAAAUGUAAUCUUUAAGAUAGACAAUGUUGGGAUAUUAGUCAACCAUACGAAACUGUGAUCUAAAUGUUAGUUUUAAGUCCAAUUUUGUUUCAUUUUCAAAACUUUCAAAAAUGUCUUCUCUAUAUAGUGAUUGCUUAAAGACAAGAAAUGCUGUAUAUUUAUUGAAUAAAAUAGACAAAACUAUAAGAUUGUGUGAACAUUCUCAGUGUAAUCAUGCCUAGAAUUUUCACUGUUAAAAAUGUUCUUCAUAAAUACAGUGGAAGGUUUUUAUAAAAAAUUGACAAUUUACAGAUUUUUCUUAUUACUCAUAAUAAAAUAGCAUCAUUAAGAA